GUAGAGGGGGAAGGUGGACGCGAGGAGAGAACGGAAAAACAGGACAAGAUAGCGGACAAAAGAAAAGAGAAAAAACAACUACCAACAACUAAAGUGGCUCGUUCCGGGGUGGAAAAUCGAUACGACGUGUGUGGUUUCGCGAACCGUUUUCCCCGUGUCGCGUCUUUGCUAGUUCCGCAGGCUGGUGCAAGAAGCUGGCGCUUGAUUACAUGACUCAUAGCUGGCACGAUAAGAAGGCCAGCAGUCCGCUAAUCGCGGGCGUUACUAACGCAAAUCAUCAUGGAGCGUGUGGAACUGCUGAACGGUCCUGUGGAAAAGCGUAACCAUCGUGCAUUCGAAGAAGAUCGCAGUAGCAGCAGCGGGGACGAAUCUCACGAGGAACCAGCAUCACAGAAUUCGGUCACCACAGCGUUGGUCGCGGGGACCACCACAAACGAUAACAACGAUCGCGGUAGGGGUGUUGUGCGGCUGGAAAAGUGUGAUAUCCGGUGUGCCGCAGAGGACACGAUGUCCUUGAUGGCCUCGCAGGAGGCGUCGGAGGACAGCAGAAACGAUUUCGAGGAAGACGAAAAGCAGGCCAACGGAAAGAACAUUGCGCUCGUUCAGCCCAACAACCAUCGCCGUUCAGACGAACCGACCGAGCUAAGCUUCGAGAAAUUUCCCGAGAACCACGAAGAGAAACUUAAACGAAUAAAAAUCGAAAACGCGCUCGAUGAUCCCAAGACAACGCUGGAAACAUGGAAGCAGUUUGCCAAAUCCGAAUAUGGUCUCAUUAACGAUGAUUUGCGACGUAAGGUUUGGCCACUGCUGGUCGGUGUUGAUCCACAACAGGUCGAUCCAGCGCCCUCGCUGGAAGAGCUAAAUAGCCAUCCGGAGUACAAUCAGGUGGUGCUCGAUGUGAACCGGUCGCUAAAACGAUUCCCUCCCGGUAUCCCGUACGAGCAGCGUGUUGCCUUGCAGGAUCAGCUGACCGUACUGAUCCUGCGUGUAAUUAUCAAGUAUCCACAUUUGAAGUAUUACCAGGGAUACCACGAUGUAGCGAUCACGUUCCUGUUGGUCGUGGGGGAAGAGGUUGCAUUUCAUGUGAUGGAAAUCCUUUCUACGAACCACCUGGUCGAAUGUAUGCAAGAAACGAUGGAACCAACGCAGCGACGCUUGAUGUUCAUUUACCCGCUCAUCAGGCGGGAGAACUCGGCUCUCUGCACUUAUUUGGAAAGAUCGACCGUAGGUACACUGUUCGCCUUACCCUGGUACCUGACCUGGUUUGGACACAGUCUCAACUCUUACCGAUCCGUCGUGCGGCUGUAUGACUACUUUUUGGCCUCGGAUUUCCUGCUACCCAUCUACGUGACCUCGGCGAUCGUCAUCUAUCGACAGAAUGAAAUCUUUCAGGAGGAUUGCGAUAUGGCUUCCUUGCAUUGUCUCUUGUCUCAGCUCCCUGAAGAUCUACCGUUUGAAUAUUUACUUAAGUGCGCCGAAUCACUCUAUCGGAAGUAUCCACCGAGAAUGAUAGAGAAAGACGUAGAAACCAUGAUUGCCAACGAAAAGAAGCAGCGGAUUGCCGAGGAACAGGAGCGGGAAUAUCGUCGACGGUAUGGAAAGAAGCCACCGCCGGCCGUCACGACGUCACUUAUUGGACGAUUUUUGCCACACCUGCCACUAUCCCGCCGGUCCAUGGUAUUCACAACGGCCUUCUCCAUUCUGGUCGGUUUCUGUGCGUACUACUACCGGGCACACUAUAUGCCGCUGACGGGCAUCAGAUGAGUGGAGCUAUUCCGGCGGCUACCGUCGUCGUAUAUCAUCAGCCCGCUAGCUACGGGGUUCGGUCGAAUUUGGUCGAAUGCGAGCAUUAGGCAGAUGCAGUAGAGCCGUCGGAAUCAGGAGUGCAAGUGUCCUGGGAGCAGACCCUAUGGCUGAGGGGGAUUUGUGAUCAUAACGUUUUUUGUCCUACGCGCUGCCUCUCGUGUUUCACGCUUUCUGCUUCGCUGUCCCUAUAUGCUUCUCACGACCAGUCGGACCAGUACGUUCACCGCUUUCUAUAAUUCCCUCUUCCGUUGUGUAAAUAAGUUGAUCGGGAAUGUGAGGCCGCUGGAGACCCCAGCGAUAGAGAAGACUGUAGAGAGGUGGGUUUGGGGGGAGCCUGAUGAAGAGCGGGGUGCAUGUGGUUAAUGUUACUUUUUUAUUGGUUUUGCAAUAUAUUUUUAAUGUGUAGAAAAU